UUCCAGGUAAGCUCUCUCUGCUGUCUGUGUAUGUGUAUAUGUAUGUGUAUGCAUGAACAUGAACGCUCACCAGGGUCUAAAUUAUUCAGCACUGGCCACUCAUUUACUUUCUCUGAGUUUCAGUGAGCUCACUCACUGUUCAGCCUAAUUAGUUCUGUCAACAGGCUCUUGAGGGCUCAGGACAAGCGACACUGAAAUGGACAGGCCUCCUUCACAGUAAGGCAGAGGUCAGCCUUCAGCUCGCUCACCUUUAUAAGAUAGCAACAAGAGAGCCUUGCUUCAUCCAGCAGUCUUAUCCUUCUAGAAGCUUGCUGGAUUCCACCCUGAGUAAAUUCUAAGGCAUAUAACAUGGAGAUGAAGUAGGCUACUAGAGACCUUCUCUCCCCCAGGUCAUCAUCCUCACCACCAAGACCAUGCUGUCUUCAGGGAGCAUCUGCAGUUUGCUACUCCUCAGCAUGCUCUGGACAGACAUGGCCAUGGCAGGUUCCAGCUUCCUGAGUCCAGAGCACCAGAAAGCCCAGAGAAAGGAAUCCAAGAAGCCACCAGCUAAACUGCAGCCACGAGCUCUGGAAGGCUGGCUCCACCCAGAGGACAGAGGACAAGCAGAAGAGGCAGAGGAGGAGUUGGAGAUUAGGUUCAAUGCUCCCUUUGACGUUGGCAUCAAGCUGUCAGGAGCUCAGUACCAGCAGCAUGGCCGGGCCCUGGGGAAGUUUCUUCAGGAUAUCCUCUGGGAAGAAGUCAAAGAGGUGCCAGCUGACAAGUAACCACUGACAGGACUGGCCCCUGUGCUUUCCUCCUGAGCAACAACUCACAUCCAGCCUCAGCCUCCUCUGCAACUCCCAGCACUCUCCUAUUGCCUUAAGAAUAAAAUGUUCAAGCUGUAUGC